AGGAGAAUGGGGAGGAGCUGGGGGGCAGGCGAUCAGAGAAGGAGGGGUCUUAAGGGGCGGCGAGCCCAGGUCCGGUUUCCUCCGAGGCUGGCGAUCCGCAAAGCUCCCAUCUUCGCGUAGAGCUCUCUGCGGCCGCCCUGCCCCGCGCCCUCCAGAGACCCCGACCUGACCACGAUGUGGAAACGCUGGCUCGCUCUCGCGCUGGUGGCUGUCGCCUGGGUCCACGCCGAGGAAGAACUAAGGAGCAAAUCCAAGAUCUGUGCCAAUGUGUUUUGUGGGGCCGGCCGGGAAUGUGCAGUUACAGAGAAAGGAGAACCCACCUGCCUCUGCAUUGAGCAAUGCAAACCUCACAAGAGGCCUGUGUGUGGCAGUAACGGCAAGACCUACCUCAACCACUGUGAAUUGCAUCGCGAUGCCUGCCUCACUGGAUCCAAAAUCCAGGUUGAUUACGAUGGACACUGCAAGGAGAAGAAAUCCGUAAGUCCGUCUGCCAGCCCAGUCGUUUGCUAUCAGUCCAACCGUGAUGAGCUCCGGCGUCGCCUCAUCCAGUGGCUAGAAGCCGAGAUCAUCCCAGACGGCUGGUUCUCUAAAGGCAGCAACUACAGUGAAAUCCUAGACAAGUAUUUUAAGAACUUUGAUAACGGUGACUCUCGCUUGGACUCCAGUGAAUUCCUGAAAUUUGUGGAGCAGAAUGAAACUGCCAUCAACAUCACCACCUAUGCAGACCAGGAGAACAACAAGCUGCUUAGAGGACUCUGUGUUGACGCUCUCAUUGAACUGUCUGAUGAAAAUGCUGACUGGAAACUCAGCUUCCAAGAGUUUCUCAAGUGCCUCAACCCAUCUUUCAACCCGCCUGAGAAGAAGUGUGCCCUGGAGGAUGAAACGUAUGCAGAUGGGGCUGAGACCGAGGUGGACUGUAACCGCUGUGUCUGUGCCUGUGGAAACUGGGUCUGUACAGCCAUGACCUGUGAUGGAAAGAAUCAGAAGGGGGCGCAAACCCAGACAGAGGAGGAGAUGACCAGAUACAUCCAGGAGCUCCAGAAGCACCAGGAAACAGCUGAAAAGACUAAGAGGGUGAACACCAAAGAGAUCUAAUGAAGAGGCAUGUUAGGACGGUGUCUGGAGUCCAGCACCUUCUCUUCGACUUCAGCGCUGAGUCCAGUAUACGCAAGUGUCUGCUACAAUCCACCAAAUCACCAGUAUUUGCUUGUAUAGCAACAAGUUUUAUUUUGUUUAUUUGUUUUGCAAUAAAGGAUAUGGAGGUGGCUGGCUAGGAGGGGAAGGGCCAUAGCCUCCAUUUCUAGGAGUGCUUUGAGAGAAACUGUAAAUGGUGCUCUGGGGCCGGGGGCACGUAAAGAAACUGCAUCAGGGUUGAAAGAUGAGUGGACCCAGGUCUGCACCCCUUCUGAGUCCACUGCAGCUGUCAGCAGGCUACAGGGAGUGCACGCAGUGCCAGAGAGAACUGAGCAGGCUGUCCCUGGAGGAGAGGCUGGGAAGCUCAGUGGAAAGGAAUGCAUGCUGCUUCUGGCCCCUUCCUGUUGCUGUCAGCACAACAGACCUCUAGCAUCUGCGCUUCUCCUCUUGCUCCCAAUCGCAGCCUCUCAAUGCAUAGCCACCCUACUAGUUACCCAGUGUCCCCCAGAUGUGGAUGGAGUUUCUGGGAGGGUACACCCACAUGAUGCAGAUACUUGUAUACUUCAAGCCCCUUAGAAACCUAACCAAAUUUUUAAAAUACUUUUUACCAAAGGUGCUAUUUCUGUGUAAAACACUUUCUUUUGGCAAGUUGACUUUAUUCUUCAAUUAUUAUCUUUAUAUUAUUGUUGUUGUUUUUAAUAUUUUAUUUUCUUGACUAGACAUUAAGCUUUUGUAAUUAUUUUUAAGUAGUCCUACCAUUUCAGAGAUGGAAGGAGUUUGGGGUUCUUCCUGGUACAGGGACCUAUAUAACCCAGAUGCUCCCCACCCUACCACAUACUAGAUGCAGCCCAGAGUUGGCCCCCCUAGCUUCCAGUAGGUCAGCUGUCUGCCAGAGAAGCAGAAGGUGCCUCAGAAGCCGGGAAAAGAAGUAUCUUCAUACAAAUCUUUCAAGAUCCAAAAGUUAAUUUGCUUUUAUUUAUUCUGAGAGUUCAGGCAAGUCAGUACUCCAAAGGAUAGAAACAAGUGCAGCCUAGCAGGGAUUAGGAUAUCCCAGCCUACAAAUAUAUUUAUUGAUCUACCACUAACUAGAAGAGUGACUUUGGCCUUGCCUCCUGCUGUCUGGGCCUCAGUUUCCUCAGUGAGCUGGUAAGAAUGCAUUAACUUUUAAAUUUGAUACAUGAUAAAUUUUAUGGUUCUGGUAAUUGGUCCAGAGGGAGACAAGUUCUUGUGAUUUUUCUUCCUCAGGAUAAGUGAAAUGUUGUAAUAAGAAAACAGCCAAAACCAAAAUGACCAAAUUUGACCUCAGCCUGAAUGACCCUGCAGGUUGUGCUGUGAUGUCAAGCCUUCUGGGGAAAGCCUGCCCAGGAAGAGAGUAGGAAAGAGACCAUCCCACUUUGUCUUCACAUUUCCAUUCCAUGUUUAAUCUCUGGUUGGAAAGAGAACGAGUUUUCCCUUUAGAUGAGGACAAAUGAAAGUUUCAAAUUCAAGAGGAGGAACAAUAGAGAUUGAAUCUUAAAACUGCGAUUAGGGAGAAGUCAGUUGUUCACAGUCAGUCCUGUGUCUUUUGACCUUUUUGGUUAUUAACCUCACUACCAUGUUUAAGAUGCAUUUGGAACAAGACAGAUGAAAAUUUUAACUAAGAUCUCAUUUGUGGAAAGUGGAUGAAAGACCACCACAAAGAAGUUAUUUAGGUUUUACUGCGCAGGCAAACUGUGAGAAACACGUGCCCAAAAUGGAAUUCCUUCUAGUUUUCCUUGUUCUCAUUUGAAAGGAGCAAAUUCAUUUUGUUUAGCAUUUCAAACUUUUAUGUAUCAUCCCAUUUAAAAACUCUCUUCCAACCCCAUUGUGCAGUCUGAAAUGCAACUCCCUGUCCAAGUGCCUUGGAGAACCCACAGCCGCAUGCCUUAAUCAAAAGUUUUGCCAGCUCUUGGACACUCUGGGAGAGGGCAGGAGUAAAAGUUUAUUUAAAACAAGAAAUCACAGUGUCCUUCACUAGUCACAUUUGAAUAGUGGUUACUAUCCAAGACUACUCUACCCUGCAACAUUGAAUUCCCAAGAGCAAAUCCACAUUCCUCUUGAAUUCUGCUGCUUCUGUUUAAAUAGGGCAGCUGUUGUCUGCACCAUACAAUCACAUGAUCUGAGGACCAUUCAUGGAAAGCUGCUAAAUAGCCUAGUCUGGGGAGUCUUGCAUAGAGCUUUGCAUGGAGCAAACAAAUAGGAUUAAAUCAAGUUCAAUUCCUUCAGCCCUCUGAAAGCAUAGGGCUUAGACUGCAAGCUUCCUUGGGCUUUUUCUGUGUGCGUGCGUGUGUGUGUGUGUGUGUGUGUGUGUGUGGUUUUAUAAACAUUACAGCAUCUAUUAAGAUCCAGUGUCCAUGGAAACCUCCUCACAUGCCAUGACUUUGGACUUCCUCAUUGUUUUUGGAAAGCAGGGCUCCUCCACCUGCAGAUAAGCCCAUGUGGACAAGUCUGAAUGUCUUUUCUUUACACUUAUGUUUUUUAAUAGUCAAAUUUCAAGAAACACUUUGAACAGGUUUCUAUGCCUAUGUGUUUGUGAAAAUGUACUUGUAUUUAGUAGGCUUCCAUAUUGCAUUUAACUUGUUUUUGUUACUCCUGAUUUUUUUUUUCUGGAUACUAUUGACAAAUAAAGAAAUUAAAGUAA